AUGGCUACACGUGACGAUGAAGAGGCUCAUGAUGAUAAGGCUGCUCAUGACGAAGAUGCUCAUAGUGAUAAGGUUGCUCAUGAUGUCACAGACAAUAACCAAAUUGAUGAAAUGGACAUUGAUUUGGAUGUUGGGCAAGAGGCAAAUUCAUCGGAUUUAUUGGGAAUUGAAGUGAAAAGUGAUAAGGAAGCAUAUGAAAUUUAUAACAACUAUGCAUAUCAAAAAGGGUUUAGUGUUCGUAAGGGCAAGUUUAGGAAAAGAUCUGAUCAAGUUACAAUUUUUAUGAGGCAGUUUGUGUGUUCCUAUGAGGGUUUUAAAGGUAAAAGUGUUGAGCCAAAGGUUUACAACAAGUUAGACACUCGUACUGGUUGUAAAGCAUUUAGACAAUUUGAUGUUGAUAAAUUAGGUGUUUAUAUAUGUGUUAAGCAUGGCAUGGUGCAUAAUCAUGAUAUGGUCAGUAAAGAUAAAAGACAAUGGCUAAGAUCACAUAGAGAAGUUACAUCUCAACAAUUGUCUUUUAUUAGUUCUUUGAAAGAAAGUGGCAUUCCAGUGGCAGAUGCUAUCCGACAUAUGAUUAAAGAAGUUGGUGGGAGGGAUACACUUGGUUUCAUACCAUGGGAUGCUUAUAAUGCCUUACAUAAACAAAAGGAAGGGAAAAUUGAAGGAUGUGAUACUAACCAACUGAUAAAGAUGUUUAGGCAAAGGGAAGCCGAAGAAUGUGAUUUUUAUUACGACUUUGAGGUCGAUGAUGGAGGACAUAUCGUUAACUUCUUAUGGCGAGAUGGUAGAAUGAGGAGGGGUUAUGAUAUUUUUGGAGACCUCUUGGUACAUGAUACUACGUAUCGUACCAACAAGUAUGAUAUGAUAUGUGGUCCUUUUGUUGGCAUGAAUCACCACUCCAAAAAUAUUAUGUUUGGUGUUGGAUUUAUAUAUAAUGAGAAGACCGGCUCCUUUGUUUGGCUUUUUCACACCAUUUUGAAAUCUAUUGGAGGGAGAGCACCUGUAACUAUUAUAACUGAUUGA